AUGUAUGCUUCAUGUUCAUUUCUUGGCAAAGCUUUAUCCUGGUGGAACGCCCAAGUUCGGAUUUUGGGAGAAGACGCUGCCUAUGGUCUUACCUGGAAUGAAUUGAAAGAGAUGCUUCUUAAGGAAUACUGCCUGGGUAGUGAGCUACAGAAGAUUAAGACAGAUUUCUGGAAUCUAACCAUGGAAGGUUUGAAUGUCAGAGCUUAUACGACUCGAUUCAACGAUCUACCUAGAUUGGUUCCUCGAAUGGUCACCCCUGAUUAUGUUAAGAUUGAAAGAUAUGAGGAUUCAAGGAAGCAAAAGUUUGAGAGUUCGUGGAAGGAUUCUGAUGAGAAGCGUGAGAAGAAACGCAGUUCUGGUAAAGCGUUUGUGGCUAACACCAGUGGAUCAGGGAAAAAUGUGAACAGUGAUGAUAAGAGUGGCUCGAUGAUGAGAACUCAGGGUGAUAAGCAAAGGAAAUGCGCUAGAUGCGGUCGAUCUAGGCAUGUGACCCGUGAGUGCUACGCUAAUAGCAUAUUGGAUGGAGUCAAGCUCGAAGGAUGCUUUGAAUGUGGGGAACAGGGACCUUUCAAGCAAAACUAUCCUAAGAUGAAAGGUCAGAGUGCCAGCGGGUAG